GGAGGCAAAAGAAAAAACGCAGAGAGAUCAACAGAGCACUGCUGCUCGGUGGUCCUUCUUAAAGCAAAAAGAGUUCCAAAUUUCUAAGCGAGUAUCAAUUAAGGGUUUUAGGGAAUGCAGAGAGAUGAUAGGAGCUUCGUUCAGAAAGCCUGAGCUGUGUGUUAGAGCCAAACGCUGCAUCGGCGGCAGAAACUGUCACCGGAAACACGUAGAAGACGGGUGACCUAUUCGCCCCCCGGCGGGUUUUCUCGUUACUCUUAAGAGGCCAAUAGUAUCGAACAUACUUUCGUUACAUUUUUUUUUCUCCUUGUUUGUGGUGUUGGUUGUAAGUUUGUAGUUUUAUUUGUUAUGGCUGAACAGAAGACCGGAGACGCCGUGCUCCACGGCAAGUACGAGCUGGGGCGAAUGCUCGGCCAUGGCACCUUCGCCAAGGUGUACCAUGCCCGGAACGUAGAGACCGGGAAAUCCAUGGCCAUGAAGGUGGUGGGGAAAGAGAAGGUGAUCAAAGUCGGGAUGAUGGAGCAGAUCAAGAGAGAAAUAUCAGUCAUGAGGAUGGUGAAGCAUCCUAACAUCGUCGAGCUCCAUGAGGUGAUGGCGAGCAAGUCCAAGAUCUAUUUCGCCAUGGAUCUGGUCCGAGGCGGCGAGCUUUUUGCUAAAAUCGCCAAGGGCCGGCUGAAGGAAGACGUGGCAAGAGUCUAUUUCCAGCAACUCAUCUCCGCCAUCGAUUUCUGCCACAGCCGGGGAGUCUACCACCGGGAUUUGAAGCCGGAAAACCUCCUCCUAGAUGAUGACGGCAACUUGAAGGUGACUGAUUUCGGGCUCAGUGCUUUCUCCGAGCACCUAAAGCAAGACGGGCUCCUGCACACCACUUGUGGCACGCCGGCGUAUGUUGCGCCCGAGGUGAUAGGGAAGAAGGGCUACGACGGAGCCAAAGCGGAUCUGUGGUCAUGUGGAGUUAUUCUUUAUGUGCUCCUGGCCGGGUUUCUGCCAUUUCAAGAUGACAAUUUGGUCUCCAUGUAUAGAAAGAUUUACAGGGGAGACUUCAAAUGUCCGCCUUGGUUUUCUUCCGAGGCCCGAAGACUUGUUACGAAGCUUCUGGACCCGAACCCGAGUACCAGAAUCUCUGUUUCCAAGAUCAUGGACUCGUCUUGGUUCAAGAAAUCGGUGCCCAAGACGGUGAAGUCGUUCUCAAAGAAAGAGCAGGAGUUCGAUGAGACUUCAGAGAAGAAUUCGAAGCAGAUGGAGACAUUGAAUGCAUUUCACAUCAUCUCGCUUUCUGAAGGGUUCGACUUGUCUCCUCUGUUCGAGGAGAAGAAGAGGGAGGAGAAGGAGGAGCUGAGAUUCGCUACGACGCGGUCGGCGAGCACCGUGAUAUCGAAAUUGGAGGAGGUGGCGAAAGCUGGCAAGUUCAGGGUGAAGAAGAGUGACUCCAUGGUGAGGCUUCAGGGAGAGGCGAGCGGUAGGAAAGGGAAGCUGGCCAUUGCGGCGGAGAUUUUCGCCGUAACGCCGUCGUUUCUGGUUGUGGAGGUGAAGAAGGACAAUGGUGAUACUCUCGAGUACAACCAGUUCUGCAGCAAAGAGCUCAGACCGGCGCUGAAAGACAUUGUCUGGACUAACUCGCCCGCCCCUGCUUGAUUUUGUUUUAGUGUUAUUGUUGCAGUGAAUUGUGAUUAUUGUUGUUGUUAGGGUGAAAUUUGAAGGCUCUGAAUUCUGUUUCUGUG